AUGAUACAGGGAUUGACAAAAAAUGGUUCUAGUGAUUUUUUGCUUCCAGGUGACAAUUAUCCUCACUGGUUAGCCUAUAAAGAUGAAGGACACUCAGUACUUUUUCAAGUGCCUGAGGAUGGUGAUUGUCGCAUGAAGGGAAUGGCUUUGAGUGUUGUUUAUUCCUCUACCCCUGAAAACAUGGGAACUGAAUGCCUUGUUAGUGUCUUGAUCAUUAAUUACACAAAGUGCACCAUCGUGAUAUACAAGCGAGACACAGUAAUGUCCUUUAAUGAUGAAGAUUGGCAGGGUGUAUUAUCAAAUCUAGGACCUGGUGACAAUGUCAAGAUUUUUGUAGCUUUUGGACAUGGAUUGACUGUUAGGGAGACAGCUGUCUAUCUAAUAUAUGGCCAGUCAAUUACUGUGGAAAUUGAGCCAUCAAUUAAUGUGGAAAUUGAGCCAUCAAUUAAUGUGAAAAUUGAGCCAUCACCUGAAUUGAACAUACAACCAUCACCAAACAUGAAAAUGGAGACAUCACCGAAGACAAAUAAAAGUUUCUUUACAGUACUUACAAAGAAAAUGGGAGAAUGUUUAUGCAUGAAUCAGAAUUGA